AUGAAGAACCCCUGGACGGUAUCAAUUGGUCACCUGAACGACCUGUUGGCUGACGCCCCGAAGGAGGAGAAAAAUGAGAAGGGCGCGUUUGAAGAAUUGGAUAUACCUCAGGAGGUAAUUCUAGCCUUGGGGCGAAUGGCAAUUUACCACCCCUCGACGAUCCAGCAACUGUCCAUUAGGAAGGCCCUACAGAGGAGGAACCUAAUUGUGCAAGCAAAGAACGGGACGGGAAAAAGCUUAUCCGUAUGUAUAAUCGUGGUGAGUAGGAUAGUGGAAAAGGUGAGGAGGAGGCAUCUGAGGGGGGCAGAUGGGAAGGGGGCAGAUGGGAAGGGGGCAGAUGGGAAGGACCUAUUGGGGAAGCACGCAUUGGGGAAGGACGAACGGGGCGAGUCGGGACCGCAGCGAAAUGGGGCAGAUGGAAAGGACGAACGGGGCGAGUCGGGACCGCAGCGAAAUGGGGCAGACCCACCGGUGUCCCUCUUUCUCCACUCGGUAAUCCUCGUGCCGACUCGCGAACUCUGCAUGCAGCUCUGUGACAACAUAAAGGAGAUUUCAAACCAAGGGAUAUUUAUUAAUGGAGAAAAGGGAGAGUCCCCACAAGCAUGCGACAAUGCUCGUAAUUCCACCCCCUACCAGCAAUCAGGUGACAAUCUCUACGCUACAAACAGUGACAGGCAGGUUGGGAAGCACGCCCCCUUCGAAGUGAGACCCAUGGUACUCUACGGAGGGACGGACGUAACGGACAAUCUGCAAGCUCUAUUUUCGUAUCUCCCUCAUGUAAUCAUAUCUACCCCCGGAAGGAUGAAACACGUGUUAAGCAUUUUGAAGCGACUGCACGUGAAAGUGGGACAACUCCAAACAGAAGGAUGCGUUAUUAUCCAAAUACCACUCACCAAAAUAGCAAACGUCCUAAUUAAACAGCUAAUAUUAGACGAGGUGGAUGCUCUCCUCGAUGAACAAUUCGAAGAACAAAUAAAUUUUAUCCUCAGUCAGGUGAAUCAACAGUUGCUGGUUUUUUAAAUGAACAAGCACGAGGAGCUAAAGUACAAAAUGAAGCUCAUACUGAAGGUAGUAAAGGAAAUAAAUUUCCACCAGUGCUUCCUUUUUAUUAACAACACAUACGAGGGGGUCCAAGUAAGUAAAAUGCUAAAAAAACAUGACGUGUCUUGUUACUACACCAGCUCGAAGAUUGAUCAUCACGAAAGGAUGAAAAUUUUUAAUAGACUCAAAAGGAAUGAGGUCAAGGUUGUGGUGUGUAGUGAUGUCAUGAGUAGGGGGAUCGAUAACAUAGUUUGCGAUUUGGUCAUUAACUUAGAUAUUCCUCAGAACAAGGAGACUUAUAUUCAUCGGUCGGGAAGGUGCGGACGGUAUGGGAACAGGGGGCUGUGCAUAAGCCUCUGUAACUACUCGGACUACGCGUAUCUGUACUUUUACCAAUAUCAGCUGCGACUCCCCGUUCACGACUUCUGCUACCUGCGCAGGGAGCAGCAGUUGGGGGAGGAGGAGAAGGGGAGUAGGUGGAACCGAUCCAACUACUGCUUCCUUUUUUUUUGUAACUCAGAUAGCUACCUAGUGUUGAAGGUCUUUUAUUUCUUCCUCUUCCUGUUUAAGCAUUAUCAGUAUCCCAUCCGGGAGUCCCUAACUCCACUGCUGAUUCACACAGGAGAAGGGAUCACACGAAAGGGGAGGAAAUGGAAAAACAGAUGUAACAAAUGUUGCCAUGUAUUCCGUCCCAACCGAGUCAAUCUGAACUACGUGUCGGACACCUGCCUCAUGAUAAGUAACAACAUCCAAAGGAGAGAAAAAAAAAAAAAAAAAAAUUUUAAAGGGUACAAAAGUGAUGAAGAUUUUUACAUGAACAGGCAAGGUAAAACAGUAACUACUUUUCAGAAGGCCAUGUUUUACCCGUUCCUUUUGGGGAGCCGAGGGAGGCAUCGCGCGAGUGGCAAGCUAAGCAGGAUGGACUCUGCCCACAUGGAGAGUGCACAAACUGAGCGUGCCCAAACUGAGCCUGCCCAAACUGAGCCUGCCCAAACUGAGCCUGCCCAAACCGAGCGUACCCAUCACGGAGUUGAUUACAACAUCUUACAACAGAGCGAGGAGGAACUGCAACCGAGCUCACUGUCCCUAGAAAGCGCUCUCAACCAGAUAAAGGCAAACAACCUGGAGAGGAAAAAAAUCGUUACCUUUUCACAGCAGUGCAGUGAAGUCUUAUGCAUGAAUGACCAGCAGGAGAUCGUACAGAAGGUGAACCACCUGGUGGCCCCUCAGGUGUUCUUAAAUUUGGACAAUGGGGGGGAGGACGAGGUCCAUCUGUUGAAAGGGCUGUUCCUGCAGAGUCAUGUGCAGCUGCAUGGUGGGGCGGGCGCGGGUGAUGAAGGGUGA